AUGGAUGAAAUAGGUCUGUCACCGGCUCCUCACGAACAGGUUGAGGCAGAUGUACUUGAUUUUACUCCAACCACUAACAUCGAUCCGUUUCGUCUCAAUGAGGAAGAUCUAUAUCUUAAACUCAAGUCCCUUAAAAAACAACUUGAAUUCAUUAAAGUGCAAGAAGACUAUAUCAUAGAUGAACAAAAAAACCUCAAAAAAGAAUACAUGCACGCACAAGAGGAGGUUAAGCGUAUCAAAAGCGUCCCGCUUGUGAUUGGACAAUUUCUUGAAGCUGUGGAUCAGAGUACAGGUAUCGUUGGGUCCACAACAGGCUCAAACUAUUAUGUUCGCAUCCUAUCAACCAUCGAUCGAGAGCUUCUAAAGCCAAGUGCUAGUGUCGCUCUCCACAAACACAGCAAUGCGCUUGUUGAUGUACUCCCCCCCGAAGCUGACAGCAGCAUUACAAUGCUGCAAGCAGACGAGAAACCAGACGUUUCUUAUGCGGAUAUUGGCGGUAUGGACCUUCAGAAGCAGGAAGUGCGCGAGGCCGUGGAGUUACCACUGACACAUUUUGACCUCUACAAGCAGAUCGGCAUUGACCCUCCUCGCGGCGUCCUAAUGUUUGGUCCCCCUGGCUGUGGGAAGACAAUGCUUGCCAAAGCCGUUGCCCACCAUACCACCGCUGCCUUCAUCCGUGUUGUUGGGUCGGAAUUUGUGCAAAAAUACCUUGGCGAGGGUCCCCGUAUGGUUCGUGAUGUUUUCCGAUUAGCUAAGGAAAACGCUCCCGCAAUCAUCUUCAUUGAUGAAAUCGACGCCAUUGCCACGAAGCGAUUUGAUGCUCAAACCGGAGCUGAUCGAGAGGUUCAGCGGAUCCUCCUUGAACUCCUCAACCAAAUGGACGGCUUCGAUCAGGCCGUCAAUGUCAAGGUUAUUAUGGCAACAAACCGUGCGGACACCCUAGACCCAGCACUUCUGCGCCCUGGACGGUUGGAUCGGAAGAUUGAAUUCCCCCUUCCAGACCGACGUCAGAAACGACUUAUUUUCUCCACAAUCACGAGCAAGAUGAACCUGAGUGAGGAUGUCGACCUCGAGGAUUACGUAGCACGACCAGACAAAAUCUCCGGCGCCGACAUCAAUGCCAUCUGUCAGGAGGCAAGUCUCUACCGUGUAAAAUUUGAAAUGGUUUGGAAGGGUGAAACACUGGCUGGGAUGCAAGCAGUCCGCGAAAACCGGUAUGUUGUUCUGGCCAAGGACUUUGAAAAAGGGUAUAAAAAUAAUAUCAAAAAGGGCGACCAAGAAUUGGAUUUCUACAAGUGA